UUUACCAAAAUUCGGAAGGGCUCAUAUGUGCUGGCCUUUAUAUUUACAACAUUUCAGUUUCUUAGGGGAUAAAUCUUGCCAAGUUUUUUCUUUUGCUGGCAUAUCUGCUGAAGCCUGAGAUUUAAAGAAGUGUGUGUGUGUGUGUGUGUGUGUGUGUGUGUGUGUGUAUGCGCGUUUAAGUAUGCUUUUGUAAAGAUUUUAUAUGACCCUGAACAUUUCUAAAUGGAGUUUUCUGUAUUUUACAAAAACUGUUCCCUCUCAAGGCUUCCCCUCUGGCCUGGUCUUAAACAUUAUAUAUUUGUCCCAGUGCCUGUACAUUGCUGAGACAUUUGCUGUGACUCAAGAAACCUUGCUGAAUGACUGGCUGAUGAAACAGUUAAGUGGUUGAGUGGAUACACCCAAAAAGUAUUUCUGAGAUCAGAGUGCAAAGCCAUUAUGCUACAGAAGGCUGUUUCUUCCAUUUUAAAAAUUCAUCACCUUUCCAUGAUUAUAUAUUAUUUUUGAGUAAGAUGACAAUUCACUUGCCAUCCGGGGAAAUUUUUGUGAGUUAAUGGGGAUACUGUAAAUAAUUAUUCCUCAGUAUUGACUGAAGUUUGACUAAGGUCACUCUAAUUUGAAGGACUUUCUUUAAUUUCAGUAGUAGCUGUCACCUUAACCUUAGAAAUUCCACACACAUACUAGUUAAUGUUUGCAAACUUUUCUAUUUGUGGAAGCUUCAUUUUGCUUAGUUUUGGGUGUCUUUGGCCUGUGGGUAACUCAUGGCUGGCCUUAAUUCUUUGUUUUCCUAGUUUAUAGGGUUAUGUCCUUAGGCUUUCUGUUUUUCAGGUUCUCUAAGCUUAAAUUUUGUAUUCUGUAGCCUUGAUGGUGUUUACUUCCUCUGUGUUUCUGUGUAUCAUUUAGAACAUUUCUAAAAAUUUCAUGGGGUCCCUUUUCCUCUUGCUGACUGGAGAGGAAAUCCAUUGAUAGCUUUCCAGCCUCAGCCAUCUUGAAGCUCUAGUCACCUGCAAGUGUUAGAGAUUUUUAGAUUUUUCAAGUAUUCUAAAAAUGAGUGUUCUUAUUUAAAAGGAAUACCCUUGUGUGUGUGUGUGUGUGUGUGUGUGUGUGUGUGUGUGUGUGUGUGUGUGUGACUUUUACAUUGCUGCUUAUGGCAGAUGGCAGGGAAGUAAAACCCUUCUUACAAUUUUGUAGUAGAUUUGUCCAUCCGCAUUUUCUUAUUUUCAAGGAUAGUUUCUUGAUCCACUCUGUUCCCCUUGUUUUCACCACCUUUAUCACCAUCCUUAUGCUCAUGCUUAUCCUAUCUUCUCCUAGUGCCUGUGCCUAGAUAGGAGCAUUCAGCUACCCACAGUGUGCAGAGUCAGAAAUGAGUAAAAAUCGGAAAUGGAAUGGAGCUCCUGGGCCUUGGUUCUGCCUUCUGUUUCCCCUUUGACUCUGUUUGUGUUCUAUUUCUGACUUGGCACAGGCAUAGCAGAGAUAAUGAGUUACUACACCUUGUUUACUAUGAGAAGACGGACUAUUUCCUAGACUUCCACAUCAGCUGCAGCUCAAGAGCUGGAUGAUUACUUUAAGGCUCCCCUGCUUGCCAAUCCAGACUGAGUAUCUGGAGUAGAACAGAAAAAUUAUUAUGCCUGUGCUCCCUUGGGACUCUUUGGAGCUUGUACGGUGACAUCUUCUGAGAUUUAGUCUGGAGUGUGCAGAUUGGUGCCUAAAAUGGAAGUAGAUAUAAAUGGAGAGUCCAGAAGUACCCUGACCACCCUGCCCUUGCCUGUGGCUGAGGUCAGCUCUCCGGGAAAAGGAGAGGCGGAAAAGCCCCGCUGCUCUAGCACGCCGUGCUCACCCAUGCGUCGGACUGUGUCAGGCUACCAGAUCCUGCACAUGGACUCUAACUACUUGGUUGGCUUCACGACUGGUGAGGAACUCCUGAAAUUAGCUCAGAAGUGCACCGGAGGUGAAGAGAGCAAGGGAGAAGCCAUGCCUACCUUGCGCUCUAAACAGCUGGAUGCAGGACUUGGGCGCUCCUCUCGCUUGUAUAAAACCAGAAGUAGGUACUACCAGCCGUACGAGAUCCCAGCUGUCAAUGGCCGGAGGCGAAGGCGAAUGCCCAGCUCAGGAGACAAGUGCACUAAGUCUUUACCUUAUGAACCUUAUAAGGCCCUCCACGGGCCCUUGCCUCUAUGUCUUCUUAAAGGUAAGAGGGCUCACUCCAAAUCUCUGGACUACCUCAAUCUAGAUAAAAUGAACAUCAAGGAGCCAGCCGAUACAGAAGUGCUACAGUACCAGCUUCAACACCUAACCCUCCGAGGGGACCGAGUAUUUGCUAGGAAUAACACAUGAGUGGCUCGCACUGCUUAAUCCACUUUAGGUCAGCCUCCACUUGGCUAGAGAAAACCCACUGUUGUACUCUGUACAUGACUCUCUCCACAUUCUAGAUGGUUACAUCAGCUAAGUGUUCCUAGAACAUAAAAAUUGGAUCAAAUUUUGAAUACAGGAAUGAAAUCACAGGUACUUGGGAGGGGGGGAUAUCAUCCUAGAGCACGCAACUGCAAAGAAAACAGAAUGUUGACCGUUUGUGUAGCUCUUUAGCUAGGAAAAAGGCUUUGGUACGGUAAUUUCAUCUUUACUGAUUCUGACACUCAAAUUGGGAAUGUUAUCUGCUUGGUUGUUGCUGACUUGGUAUGAUUCGUUAGAAAUUUAUAUCUUAAGUACAUAAGUACUUCUCGAAUCUCUGUAUUUUACUAUAAAGUGUAUGUAAUGAUUUGUUUUAUGAAAUUUAGAACUUGAACAUUGAUGAAUUGGACCACUUUUUAUUUUUAAAUAUUAGGUUUAAAUAUUUUAUAACUGGUUUUGCACUGAAAAGAGUUAACAUUUCAGAUUAAGAGAAUAACCUUUCUUCACUUGCCUCAAUGAUAUUGAGCAAUGAGUUUUUUUAUUUCCGCAUGGAAAGUUAUUGAUCUCUAUGGCUGUAAAAUAUUUCUUUAUAGCAUUAUUAAAGUGUGUCUUAAUAAAAUUAAAUUUGGGAUACAAAGUAUUUAUUUUACAAUGGGGGGGGGAAGCUUUUCCAGAAAGUUUCCGAUGUGAAGUUUUCAUAAAUUGAAAAAGUUUCCUUAGUGCUUAUUUUCUAAUUCAAAAUUCAUAUGGAACUUUAAAAUGGAAAGGAUUCUUUUAAUUGUGGAUUAUAGGAAUACUAAUGUUUGUGUCUGAAUUUUCUGUUAAGUGAACAGAACUUUAAUAGAGGAUUUCAUGAUUUCUACUAUUGAAUGCUUAAAGUACGUAUGAAAUGAUACCAUUCAGCAUGGCUUUGGGUCGUUCCAGUUUCAGUUCUGUACAACACAGCACUCUUUCAGUUCCCAGUGUCUAGGGUUAUAGUGGAAGCCUGAGGUGCUUCUAUAAUUUUAAUGGGUUAAUCCCGGAUUACUUAACAAUUUAUGUCAAUUGCACUGGUUUAAUUUGUUGCUAAAGAAAUAAUGCCCUGGCUUUAGUAGCAAAUGCAGCUCAACUAUUCUUGAAUAUAUUUUGAAAAAAAAAAAUUAUGUAACUUCCCUUUUGUAAACAUUCCUAUUUUCUUUUUUUUCCUUUUUUUGACUUUUGAAGGUGCAAUUUAUUACUGAUUUGUCAUUUUUGGCAACACAGAAUUGUUUUAUGUUUUAUUUCGGGGGCUGAGAGUUUCUUAGGUAUUAGCAACCUUUCCUAUAAAAUAAGAACACCUUUUAAUUAACAAGUGGGUCGUUCCUGGUACAAUUGUGAUUUUUCUUUAGCCAGAAUCAGUGGCAAACUUUGGAGCACAAUACGUAUUAGGAAACCCUAGAACUCUUAAUCAAUGUUUAUUAUAUUUUCACUAAGGCAAACCAUGUGAAAGAGCCUUGGAGAGUUUGCCUGGAUUGUACUGAGUUGAUCAGAUUUCUUGGAGGGCUGGAUGUUUUCAGCUGUUGUAUAUUUUAAAGUAAAUUGCACCUUUGUAACAUAUUGUACUGAUGAAUGAUCACUAAGAUUAACUAUAUCUAUACAGUUAUUAGUUUGACAAGAAUUAGAAUCCUGUCAGAUGCCAAAGAAUUGGGAUUUUUACAUUUAAUGAUUAAACACCAUUAUUUAUUGAUGAUUUACCCAUGGAACUGUAUUAUUUCUAACUAUGAAAUAAAAGGGUGAUGUAAACAUAUAUUGUUUUGUGGUGUUUUGAACUAGAUCCAUUAUCAACAGGCUAGUUGCGUCCAGGCUUAUAUCUAAGAACUUAUUUUAAGGCCCUGAUUUUGUAAAACAAAAGCCAAAAACAGUUACUUUUUAUUCUGAUUGGCAUUUCAGAGUAAAAGAUGGCAUUUCAUGGCAAUGAAAUGUAUUCAGUCUAUUAGGAAACACAACUAUUUACCUGUGAGAUCUGUCCCA